AUGGGGAAACAACAUCUUUCUGGCAGUAGAGGUUGUAUUGAUCUGGGCAUAAGACUAGAAGCAACAGUCGACACAGUCAUCAAAUCACAUCGUCGACGAAGGCAUAGAGUGGCGACUUUAAAUGACAUAGAAGAUCAUAUUCAGAGUAUCAAAGAGAGAGGUCUCCUGGAAGGGGAAGAUAUCAAGCUGUGGAAAAGAGAAGACAAGUACAAAUCGGUCUUUAACUCCAAGGAGACUUGGAAAAUGAUACGAGGGCCACAACCGAAAGUGAACUGGUACGCUGGGAUCUGGUUUGCUUUUCAUACUCCAAAAUACUCUUUCAUGGCUUGGCUUGCAAUCCGAAACAGGUUUGCAACUGGAGACAGGGUUCAGCAAUGGAACACUAAUCAUCCCAGCUCUUGCGUGUUCUGCAAUGUACCGGUGGAGUCAAGGAACCAUUUGUUCUUUGCCUGCAGUUUCUCACGACGAGUUUGGAAAGAUUUAGCUCAGAAGUUGAUGCAGAUGAGCUAUACCCACCAGUGGGACCAAAUAAUACAACUAUUGCAUGACAAAAACAGAGACGCGACUGACCUUUUCCUACUGAGAUAUGUGUUCCAAGCCACUCUAUAUGCAAUAUGGAGAGAACGAAACCAGCGUAAACAUGGGGAGAAUCCACGGACCCCUGACCAACUAAUUCAAAUGGUGGACAAGAUUGUUCGUAACAGGCUCUCCUCCAUCCGUGACAAGGCUCACUCAGGAGGUUUAACCAAAUGGUUUGCCACUCGAUAA